CGGAAGCAGAUCACCAACCAACGCCCAGAUUCGAAUUGAAUUCUUCCGGAAGCGUCUCUCCCCUUGUCGUCAGUGGUCUCGGCGUGCGGGCCGACGGACCAACCCAAGCUCCCUCCCCUCUCACAGCAGGCGCCAAUAAUCCCAACCCCAACCCCCAAGCCAGAGAUAACAACCCCAGCGAGUCGGCGGCAACCCUCCUUCCCGCACCGGUGGAGAUGGACGCUCCCUCGUACCGGCUCGCGGCGGCGGUCACGGCCCCCUCGGGCGCCGAGGCCGAGUUCCUCGUCGUCCGGCAGCUGCCCCCGCCGUCCCCGCCCGGGGGCGAGGAGGAGGGGGAGUACGGGCGCUACGUCGACAGCGACCUCUACGACCUCCCGUCGGCGCCGCUGCGGCGCCUCGCGGAGGGGGAGCCGGCCCGGCCGGGCGUCGCCGUCGCCGGCGCGGAGGCGGACGGCUCCCUCGACCUCUCGCGCCUCGACGUCCCCGCCGCCCUCGAUCAGAUUUUGAGCCAAUUGGGCCUGACGAAUGCAAUGUGCGGGGAGUGGAGGCUCCUCAAGCAUAUUGUGGAAGCAGAGUUUGGCCCGGACGCGGGCGUCAACACGGUGCUCGUCAUCACGCCGCUCGAGUCGAAACCGGAGGCAUUGCAAGACUCCUGUAAAUGGAUGACCAAGGAGGGUGCUCGGGAAUUGCUUUCUGACGUGAAAACCGGUGAUACUCGAAUUGGGCCCUAUGUGCACGCUGGAUUUGUGAAAUCGGAGCUAUCGUCAAAUUGUACCACUGACUCCACAUUGGUCUCCCAGGAGUACCCUCCUGGAAUAACCCUUGUACCAAUGAAGAGUAGUACCUUACGGCCAUUUCGUACGACUAAUCUCGUGGUAAUACAAGCAACCAGUGGUACAUGCGGAUCGAAGCGCCCUGAUUAUUUUGCUUGUGGUGAUGCUUUACUGAUAGAUCCUGGAUGUUGCUCACAGGUUCAUACAGAGCUUGCAGAUCUUGUCAAUUCCCUUCCAAAGAAGUUAUUGGUCCUUGUUACACAUCAUCAUAAUGAUCAUGUUGAGGGUCUUUCGGUUGUUCAGAGAUGCAAUCCUGAUGCUGUUCUUUUGACACAUGAAAACACGAUGAAGCGCAUAGGGAAAGGGAACUGGUCAACCAGCUAUACUGCUGUGACUGGUGGUGAAAGCAUAUGCAUAGGUGACCAAGAACUGCAAGUCAUUUUUGCUCCUGGUCAUACAGAUGGUCAUAUGGGGCUUCUCCAUGUCAAUACCAAUGCACUAAUUGUCGGAGAUCAUUGCGUAGGGCAUGGAAGUGCAAUAUUGGACAAUAGAGCUGGUGGCAACAUGAAGGACUACUUCCAAACCACAUACAAAUUCUUGGAGAUAUCGCCACACGUGCUAAUUCCAAUGCAUGGAAGAAUCAACCUAUGGCCCAAGCAUAUGCUUUGUGGAUAUCUCAAGAAUCGAAAGGCUAGAGAAGCCUCCAUUCUGCAAUCCAUAGAGAAUGGUGCUCAAACUUUGUUUGAUAUAGUUUCAAAGACUUACUGUGAUGUAGACAGGAAAUUAUGGAUUCCUGCGUCCUUUAAUGUUCGCCUUCAUGUUGAUCAUCUGAACUCUCAACAGAAACUUCCCAAGGAUUUCUCCUUAGAAAUGUUCAGUGGAAGUUGCGAUGAAUUUAUGUCUAGCCUGCAGCAGUGACCAUGAGUGUGAGAAGUAAAUCGAAUGCUCCUUCUGAGACUUCUCAACGGAAAAGUUUGAAUCGAGCUGCGGAGCACAUUUCAUAUUUCGGUGGGGCGUGGCGUAUGCCCAAGCCAGGAGCUCACCCGCCCUCAUCAUCGCGGCAAGUGCCCUCGCCGCUGGUGGUCUGGCAAUUGUGUAUGCCCUCAGAAGGAGCAACGUCAACCAGCCCUAGGAUUCUUCUCCGAGACCCGGCAAUCCCCAUCCGCGUACACGCGUCUGUCGACCUACGAUCGUGCUGUGAGUCAGACUGUAAACUCCCAAGAUUGUUCGUAAUUGCACAUUUGUGAAUUUUGCUCCGUAUACACACAACGCAAGGGAGAAGCUCCCGGUGCUACGUUGGGUUCCUCCUAAUCCACAGGUACUUUCGACCUAGAGAUCCAUGUGUAGGUUAAUCGAAUACAGAGACUUUUGACUUUGUUCUAAAAUAAAACCCGCACUGACCUGGGUCUAGGUUUCAGCUGUCGGCCCAGUUGCCAAUUUGUGAGAAGACCAGGAGUGGCCAUGUUUACAAUUGUACAUGUGAAGAGAAUUGCUUCCUUGGCAAUUACUACCGCUGACAAAAUUAAAAGUAUGUGUACAAACUUAUGCAAA